GCUGCGUCUCCUGUGUGUGGCCACCCAGCAUGGUGAUGCGGAGAGUGUAAGUUACCUCCUCCAUGAGGCCCGUGUGCCCCUGCCCCUGGAGCCGUCGGAGGGAAACCCCGCCGUCCUUGCUGCCCACUAUGGACAUGUCAGCCUGGUCAGAGAGCUGCUCGACUCAGUACCAGGUGACAAUGUUGUGCGUGCAUGUGAGAUAUUUUCCACCUGUGUGUAGUUGUAGUAGUUAAUAGAUAGUAACAGAUUGCAUGAAUUGUUUUGAAAGUGGGUGGGUGGGUGUGUGGGGGGUCUGUCUGUGUGUGUGUGUGUGUGUGUGUGUGUGUGUGUUAGUCAUAGUUAAUAGAUGAUAAACAGAUUGCAUGUCUCUCUCAGGUCCGUGUGUCCACAGAGAUCUGCUGAACUGGAUGUUGGUGUCGGCGUGCCAACAGGGUCACCUGGAGGUGGUUAGAAUGUUGGUGCAGGGUUACCAUGCUGACGCUGAGGACUGUGCCAUCCACAACGAGGAGUUUGCUGUCAUCACGGGGCUGCCUCUCUAUGCUGCUGCACGCGCAGGUAGACGGCAAGACACACACAGUACACAUGAACUGUACGUAUGCACACAUGUACUGUACGUAUGCACACAUACGCCACACAUACACACACACACACAAAGGCACACAGUCCACAAAUACCUCACACAUAAGCCACACACACACACGCCUCACACAAAAGUAGAGAAGUAUAGAAGCUUGCACUAUAAGAUGCUUUUACACAUAUGUUACUUCUCACGUUAUUAGAUAUUACUGCACUGUUGGAGCUAGGAACACCAGCAUUUCGCUACACCCGCAAUAACAUCUGCUAAAUAUGUGUAUGCGACCAAUAGAAUUUGAUUAGAUUUUAUGUACGCUUACAUAUUAGCCACUUUGGAACAAAUGUUAGACUUAGACAUUCAUUCCUACUGUGGUGUGUUGUCAGGCUGACAACAGCAGACGGGGAUUUCCUCCUACUCUGCUCUGUGUCUCGGAUUCCACCUCCGAUCCAACUCACUUCCUUAUUCUGGUCAUUAAGAUCUAGGAUCAGCUUCCCCUCCCCCAAUCAUACGCUUAACCAUUAGAGGGGAAAAUGCUAAACUGACCCAAAAUCAGUGUCUAUGGGCAACUUCACCCUACUCCGGGCCUAUUGAUGGAGAGCUGAGGAACACUUCCUGUUAUCUUAGACCAGGGGUCUGUUCAGGAGGAGCAACAUUACAGAACAUCCAGAUAUCUAACUGUGUUCUGUCUAGGUAAUGAGGACAUAGCUAGUUUCCUGCUGCAGAAUGGUGCUGGGUUCUCCUCCUACACCCUGAUGGAUUAUCCUGCCUUCAGCAGACUGCUCCUUGAACAACGACUGGUAGAAGAAGCAGACACACACACAGGACCAGCAGGAGAAAAGGUGAUUGAGGGGAAUUGUGUGUGUAUCUGUAUUUAUGUGUGUGUGUCUCUCUCUCUCUCUGUGAAUGUGUUAUGCUUUCCCCAGUGCGUCGGUCAGGUCAGACGCUGUCUGUGUGUUGUGCACUAUGAAAAUGUCUGCCAACAUGUUGUGUUUUCUCACUCCCCCUCUAGCUACUAUGUGGCCGUUGGUCAGGUCUGAAGCUGCCGUGGUUGGAGCUGGACUGGUUCAUGGACGUGUCGUCCCGUAUCUCCCACCUGGACCUGUCCUGUAACAGCCUCAGCACCCUGCCCUCCGUGGUUCCCUGGGGGCUCAUACAGCUCCAGACCCUAGACCUCUCCAACAACCUGUUCAAAGAGCUGCCCACAGCACAAAGCUCACAGGAGAUCAUCUGCUCAAGGUGCUGCUCCACACACAACAUUCACACACACACACACACACACACACACACACACACACACACACACACACACACACUAGGGCUGGGCGGUAAAAUCAUAUCUAGAUUUUUUUCACAUUUAUGGAUGAUUCACGAUAUCUCCAUUUUAAAAAAAAUGGUUUCUCUAAAUAAGCUUUGUUGUACAAUUUAAAGGUCAAAUACACUGCAGUCAGCAAUAAUCUAAUGAAUUCAGGGCUUGUGAAGUUAUACCUAGGCUAAAUAUAAGCCUUCAACCAUAAGACCCACUAAUAAUUAAAUUAUUUUAUCAAUAUAGUUUUACCUGCUUUAUUGCAAUAAUCACUGAUCUGGCUUUCAAGUCUGUCUAUGGAAAUGCACUUUUUGUUACAAAUGUAACCAGAACCCAUGCAUAAUGCACAUUCACUAAUAAUGGCUAACUUCUUGUAGCAGGCAUUAUAGAAAAGCCCACGUGCUAGUGAGUAGCCAGCUAAUAUUUACAUUUCAAGUUUAGCCAACUUGGAUCUAUUUGCUAGUUAUGAACACACCCUUCUGUCCGUCUCCAAUUGUUUGAACAGUAUGCUAGCCUGUCCACUUUGUUUAGAUGUUAAAAUCAAAUGGCCUACCUUAUUUCUCAGAGUGAGAACGAGUUGCCAAUUCCUUAUAUAAUUGUGUUUUAUACUCAUUGCACAUUUAUAAAACACAGACUAGACAGACAGUUUAAGUCUUUGGCUAAAAUGCUGCUAACGGUACCGCAUUAAUUUUCCAGAAUCAAUGUUCAUUGUUACUCCCGUUUUAGUGGUGUCUGCUCUGCAUGAAAUUUGAGUAGUUGAGACAUAAAAAGGGUAUCGUUGGAAAGGUUAACUUCUCUAUUACAGUAAAGUCAUGUAUCCCAAUGUGUUCCUAGCACCCACACACGCACUAACCCACACACACACAACCCCCUUGUGGGAACACAACAUUCAUUCCCAUUCAAAAUACAAUUUUUCCCUAACCCGAAAACCUAACCCUAACCAUAGCUCCUAAACCUAAUUCUAACCCCAACACUAAUUCUAAACUUAACCUUAAACUCCCUAGAAAUAUCAUUUGACUAACAAAAUGCCCCCAGUUAGUCAACUUUUUGUUAGUUUACUAUUCUUGUCGGGACUUCUAGGCUAGUAAACACGUCCACUGCAGUGUGUACAGUGUACACACACAUAUGCACUGAGUAUACCAAACAUUAGAAACACCUUCCUAAUAUUGAGUUGCACCCUCCCUUUUGCCCUCAGAACAGCCUCAAUUUGUCGGGGCAUGGACUCUACAAGUUGUCAUGUUGACUCCAAUGCUUCCCACAGUUGUGUCAAGUUGGCUAGAUGUCCUUUGGGUGAUGGACCAUUCUUGAUACACACAGGAAACUGUUGAGCAUGAAAACCCAGCAGCGUUGCAGUUCUUGACACACUUAAAGCGGUGCGCCUGGCACCUACUACCAUACCCCGUUCAAAGGCACUUACAUGUUUUGUCUUGCUCAUUCACCCUCUGAAUGGCACACAUACGCAAUCCAUGUCUCAAUUGUCUCAAGGCUUAAAGAUCCUUCUUUAACCUGUCUCCUCCCCUACACUGAAUUGAGGUGGAUUUAACAAGUGACAUCAAUAAGGGACCAUAGCUUUCACCUGGUCAGUCUAUGUCAUGUAGAGAGUUCUUAAUGUUUUGUCCACUCAGUGAAUCUACUCUCUGUAGCUGUUCUGCAGAUCUCUGUUGUAUUGUUAGCCUCACCACCUCACCUAAUCCUGACCCUGUUGUGUGUGUGUGUGUGUUGUGUGUGUGUAUGUGUGUGUGUUGUUCUCUGCUACUGUCCUACUGUAGACUUCGCCAGGUGAAUCUGUCUCAGAAUGAGUUGACCAGCCUGCCGUCCGGACUGCUCCAUCUCACCAGAGUCCAAAAGCUCUCCGCUGUUAAGAACAAGCUCACCUCCCUAUUUGACAUUCCUAAUGGUAUGAUCCAACGCAAGUCAGUGUGGUCUUUGCUCUUUGCCCAAAAUGUAUUAUAUUUUUAAUGAUCUCCAAUUGUUUCUCUGCUGUUUAUUUUCUCUUUAUUUGUUCAUGUGAAGCACAUUGUAUUGCUACCUUGUACAAAAUGUUUUAUAGAAAUUUUAUAGAUUGUCCCUCUUCUGCUCUCUCCUCAGGUACUAACUGGAUAGGUCUGCGUAAGCUGACCCUCUUCUGCUCUCUCCUCAGGUACUAACUGGAUAGGUCUGCGUAAGCUGACCCUCUUCUGCUCUCUCCUCAGGUACUAACUGGAUAGGUCUGCGUAAGCUGGAGGAGCUGGAUGUGUCUGAUAACUGUCUGACCAGUCUUCCUUCUGCCGUUCUGCACUCUUUCAAAUCCCUCACGUCCCUCAAAGUCUGCCGGAACAGACUCACCAGCUUCCCUGACCCCUGGGCCUGCCCUCUGGUAGACAGACACUACACUAGACAUUAUGGCCUGGUUCCAUUUGGACCCCUAGCACCUUCCUUUAGAUCCUACCCUGUUUAGUGUUCGUCUCAUAGAUAUAGAACUAGUUGUAUCUCUAUGGUUCCCCUGGUAGGAACAAACUAGGGCCUGGUUCCUUUGGACCCCUAGCACCUUCCUGUAUCUCCUUUUAAAUGUUCAGUUCUGAAAGGACUGGAUAGGUGAAAUAAAUAUGGUGGAAACUCCAUUGGAGAGCUGGGUAGAACCAUCACACUAGUUGCUUACGCCUAUCCAGCCCUUUUAGAUUUGUGACCGUUGUUGGGGUAGAGGUAAGAAGGUAUUAGGUAUUGAAAUGGAAAGUGGCCAUGUCUUUUAAAUUAUACAGACUCCUCUCAGGGAAGCUUCACUACCUCAUUUGCCUACUUGCAUUCAGAGAACUUGAGUGAUGGUUUUGAAACAUCUUCUGGAUGAUGGGAGUCAUUGAUUUCCCCCUCUGUAGAAGCACUGUCGAGCCUCAUCCAACGCCAUCGAGAGUCUUCCCAAUACCAUCUCCAUCUUCUGGAGAACUCAGCUGCAGGAGGUGGAUUUCUCGGACAACGUCAUCAAGGAGCUGCCCUCCUAUAUAUUCCAGCUGGAGGUAAGGAUGGGUAGCCCUGGUAGGGUUUGGCCUAAGCUUCAGCUCAGUGGGCUAACAGUGUUUUGAGUUGCACUUGUCAUUCAGGUUCAAUACUUGGGCAGUCUGAGCUGUACAUAUCACAGGUUCAAUACCUGGGCUAUUAUGUGUAGCUCAAAACCCUGUUAGCCCACUGAGCUAAAGCCUAGGCCUAAGUACCUUAACACUGGGAGCAUAGUUUCCUAAAUGGUGGUUCAUGGCUGAUUCCGUUUGCGGCCUGGCUAGAAACAUUGGAUUUGUUGACUUGAUGGGUCUAACCUGAAUAAACCUCCCUAAACCUCCAUAAGCUUUACUGUAUUUAUAAGAAUAUAAUAUGCCAUUUAGCAGACGCUUUUAUCCAUACAUACAUUUUUACGUAUGGGUGGUCCCGGGGAUCGAACCCACUACCCUGGUGUUACAAGCGCCAUGCUCUACCAAUUGAGCUACAGAGGACCACCAAUACGUAAAAAUGGGCGACCCGACCAAAUUCACAUAGAAAUGUGCGUUAUAGAUCUGUCACUCAUUGAAAGCAAGUCUAAGAAGCAGUAGAUCAGUUCUAUGUACGCUAUUUCUAUGCUUUCCGUUUAGUUUUUGUAUCUUUUCCUUUCGGUUUUGUACACCAGCUUUAAACAGUUGAAAAUACAAUAUUUUGGGUUAUUGAAAAUAUAUUUCACAGCGGUUUAGAUGGUACAAUGAUUCUAUACACUAAUUGUUGGAUUGUUUUGUCACAUAAACUGAAAUUACGCAAACUAUUAGAAUUUCUGCGACCAGGAAAUGGCGGCGCGAUUUCUGCAUAUUGAACCUUUAAGUAACCACUCACAAGAUGUGAGGAUUUCUGUAUUAAACCUGUAGUUUUCCCAAUGACCUCAAGGUGGCACUGCUGUACUACUCUGCAGUCAGUGAACCCCUACUGAAACAAAGAUUCAGCUUUAGGAUGAUGAGUCAUGGUACGCUUGAUAAGGUUUUAAAGAUAUUAGCAUAACAGUAAUGAUGAAUGGAAAUUUAUGUUAAGCGUUUGUUUAUUUUAGGCUCCUGAAUUCCGAGGAGAACAAUGGAAUGUUUAAUUUACCUCAGGAAUGCUAUGGGCUUUAUGAAGCAAUUUUCCAAAUGUUUGUAAAGGAAUGAGUACUGCAAGAUUGUGGAUUUCAUUACCUCUCAAUCUUUCUAAACAUGUGUGGCAGAAGAGGAAGAGAAAGAGUGAGGAAUAGAAUAGAGGAAGAGAAACAGAAGAUUGAGAGAAUGAUGGCAACAGUAGACAGGGUGGCGCAGUGGUCUAAGGCACUGCAUCGCAGUGCUAGCUGUGCCACUAGAGAUCCUGGUUCGAAUCCAGGCUCUGUCGUAGCCGGCUGCGACCGGGAGACCCAUGGGGCGGUCCACAAUUGGGCCCAGCGUCGUCCAGGGUAGGGGAGGGAAUGGCCGGCAGGGAUGUAGCUCAGUUGGUAGAGAAUGGCGUUUGCAACGCCAGGGUUGUGGGUUCGAUUCCCACGGGGGACCAGUAUGAAAAUUAAAAAAUAAUGUAUGCACUCACUAACUGUAAGUCGCUCUGGAUAAGAGCGUCUGCUAAAUGACUAAAAUGUAAUGUAAAAUGUAAACAGGGACACUAGAUGUGAGUUAAGUUAUCAUCACCACAGGCCAUGCUUUGGUGACACUGUCUCUUUCUCUCUCUCUCCCUCCCUCCCCCUUUCUCUCCCUUUCUUUCUCUCUCUCCCGCUCACUCUCUUUAUCAGGCCCUGGUCUCUCUCAGACUGUGUAAGAAUCAGAUCUCCACUCUCCCGGCACCCAACAAGUGGAAAUGCUCUCUGCUCAGAACCCUUGACCUCUCCAGGAACCAGCUGGGCAAGUAGGUGAAAGGUCAUAGGUUAUACAUCUUACCACUCACACUUACGACCCGUCCAGAAACAACUACUAGCCCCUAGACAUCUGAAGGUGCUACAUAGUGAGUCCAAGGAGAGAACUCUAGACCUGGUCUCUCUCUAUAUCGCUCUCUGGUAUAAGCAGUAUGUUAGAAGCUCCACCUUUCCCUUUGACACGCUAGGUCAGAGUUUCACCUUAUUGCUUAAACCAUUCCAGUUCUUUCAGAUCUCCAAGUGUCAAGGGGCUAGGAGUUGUUUCUGGACAUGGCCUUAACCUCUUACUCUUCAUGUCUUCCACUCACUUCAAGGCCUGGUUCCAUGUUUAACUCUAGCUUCCUCCUUACCCUAGUCCUUACCUUUUUGGUGUUAGUAACUUUGGGUACUAUAGAUUAGUGAAAGUAAUAUGGUAGAAGCACUUAUUCAGGGACACUUUACUACCUUCACCUGUCAUUUGAUAUUGUAGAAUACAGAAGGGGUAGGACUUGGGGGAAGGGGCAAAUGACUGUAUGGAACCUGGGGCUGUAUGCAUCAAGAUCUAGGAUCAGGUCCCGCCCUUUCCUUAUUCAGGCCCCUAAUCUUAUUCAUUAUAAUCUAAAAGGAAAAACUGAUUCUAGAUCAGCACUUUUCAACCGACAUGGUAAACAAUAGACAAUACAACCAAGAAUGCAUGAAUGUGAUGGAAGUUGGAACCGCUUUGUUUCAGGACUGAGGAGGGACCCAAAACCAGGAAGCUGGCCUUCAUGACCACAUGGCACCGAAGAGACCCUGACCCAGGUACUGGUUCUGCACUCAUGUGGACUGGCGCUGUUGACUGUAGUGUGACUUUAGUGGACUGUCAUGGACUGGACUUUUGAACUUGACUGAAUUGGACUGAACCAUAGUGGUCUGUACUGAUCUAUAGUGGUUUGUAAUGAACUGUAGUGAACUUGACUGGACUGGACUGAUCUAAAGUGGUCUGUAACAGACUAUUACAGCCAGGACUGGACUGGACUAGACUGGACUGGACUGGACUGGGACUGUGGCAGAAUAAUUCCUUUGUUGGUUGUCUGUUCAGAUUCUCAGUCUGCCGGUUGUGGCCUGGACAGAGUUAAAUAAGCAGCGAUGCUGGCCACUGGUCACAUUUGGGUCCUAAGCCCCUGCUCAUGUGGUUUGGAACCCCCUCUAUUUCACCCUGUCAUAGGAGAAAAAUGCCUCUCAUCAUGGUCAUCUGGACCACACAGACUCUUAAGCCAGUCGUGCUCUCUCUCUCCCUCCAUAUCUCUCUCUUUUCUCUCCCUCUCUCUUCCUCCAUCUCUCUCUCUUUUCUCUCCCUCUCUCUCCCUCCAUAUCUCUCUCUUUUCUCUCUCUCUCUCUCCCUCCAUAUCUCUCUCUUUUCUCUCUCUCUCUCUCCCUCCAUAUCUCUCUCUUUUCUCUCCCUCUCUCUUCCUCCAUCUCUCUCUCUUUUCUCUCCCUCUCUCUCCCUCCAUAUCUCUCUCUUUUCUCUCCCUCGCUCUUCCUCCAUAUCUCUCUAUUUUCUCUCUCUCUCUCUCUUCCUCCAUCUCUCUCUUUCUCUCUCCCCCCUUCACUGACUGCUCCAGCAAUUAGUAACCCAAUACUGUACAUCCUGAUCCUGCAGUGACUGCUGAUGGUCAUUGACCGCGUGUGUGUGUGUGUGUGUGUGUGUGUGUGUGUGUGUGUGUGUGUGUGUGUGUGCCUUUCCCCUGCUUGUCAGUAUGCCCAAUCGAGUUUCCAGUAAUUUUGCGGGAUACGUUGGAAGUGCUUUCCUUGAACGACAACCAGCUGGAGUGUGUGCCCCAGUCCGUGUGUGGCCUGAGAAACCUCACGGAGCUCUACCUCUCCAAGUAAGUGCCACAAGGCUCAUCACACUAGCCUCCUUUCCUUGUCUCCUUUCCUUGUUUCCUCUCUUAUCGAUCUCACUCAGCUCUUUCACCACAUUAUUUCUCUAGUUAAGUCCAUAGACUGACUAUACUUUUCUUGUCUCCUCAUCUACUUUCCUCACCAAGCUCUUCCAUCCCAAUUUAAAUGCCCUAGGCUUGGUCCCAAUCGCCUUAGCUCGCCUUCUUUCCUUGUCCCCUUCCUCCAUAACUUCCUCAUACUGAGGUGGAACACAACAGCUGAAAACUAGCCUUGUGGUCUCAGAUGUAUUUGUGCUGUCUUGCCAAAUCUUAUUGUCACCAACCUAGCUGAAAACCUAUAAGGUAGUCAUCUGUCCAUUCCUGUCAUCACACAGUUGUAAUAACAAAGGGAAGGAGACAAGGAAUGGAAGCAUUUUAGAGUAUUGGUACGCAGCCCCACUCUCUGGCUGUCCUGUCCAGUCCUUACUGUUGUGAACUGGUUUGGAGGCAGCUGUUGCCUGCUGUUCUGGCUGUGGGUCAGCAGGGUCACUGUUCUCUGUCUACUUCUCACAGUCUACCAGACUGCAGGCUCCAACAGGAAUACAUGGGCUUUGUCCCAAACGGCACCCUAUUCCCUACAUAGUGCACUACUUUUGACCAGAGACCUAUGGGCGUCCCCAUGGGCCCUGGACAAAAGUAGUGCACUAUAUAUAGGCUGGUUGUUGCCCAGAGUGUGAUCUAGAGGUUUAGCUGGAGAUCAACAGCUUCCUCAAUGUUAUCAUCUUUCCCACUCAGACUUUGUUUUGUUGUUAUCCAGUCCUGUGUAAUAACGGUCAUUGUAGUCCUGGCUAGGCUAGUGAAUGGAGUUAGUUCUCAUCUCAUCCAGAGCAAAAAGGCUACGGUCUCACCUUAGGAGUUAUACAAUAAGGUUGGUUUCCCGGGCACAGAUUAUGCCUAGUCAGUCCUCCAGAUUUAAUCUGUGUCCAGGAAACAGGCCCAUUAUUCCAUUCUCUAUGUUCACUUAUUCACAUAGCAACAGGACAUGUUGUGGAUGAGAAACACUUUGUCCCAUUAGCAUUCCCCUAUAUGUUUUCAGAGAUCAUAUGAUGGAAACACGUGACAUUAACAUUCACCCAUCAAAGUGGUCCUCCAGUUCCUUUCCCUCUCUCCCCUGAUCUGAGAACAGUAACCCAGGUAUCCUGUAUGUAUAGUACCUAACUCCAUCACUCUCUCCCCUGAUCUGAGAACAGUAACCCAGGUAUCCUGUAUGUAUAGUACCUAACUCCAUCUCUCUCUCCCCUGAUCUGAGAACAGUAAUCCAGGUAUUCGAGAGCUUCCAGCUGAGUUGGGGCAGCUCUCUAACCUGUGGCAGUUGGACAUUGAGGACCUCAACAUCACUAAUGUUCCCCAGGACAUCAGGAAAGAAGGUAUGGUACCACCACACAGUGUGUAAAGUGUGUUUUUUGUGUGUGUGUGUGUGUGUGUGUACACAUCUGUGUGUAUUAAACAUCUAUCACAUCUAUCACUUUCAGGUCCAGCAUCAGUGUUGUCCUUUCUCCGAGCCCACCUACGGAAGGCGGAGCCCUGUAAGCUGCUGAAGCUGCUUGUGAUUGGUCCUCCUCGGCAGGGAAAGACGGCCCUCCUGGAGGUGUUACAGACGGGCAGGACCUCCCCAUUCUCCCCUGCAGAACGAAACAUCAGCACAGCUACUUGGGAACUGGACAGACCCAAUGGUGUUAAAGCUAGCGUAAGAGAACACACACAAACAUACAGAAUUCACACACGCACGCGCACACAUACACACACGCACGCCCAAGGUGCUUCCACCAAGUAUUAACUCUUUGGUGUGAAGACAUACGCAAUCAAUACAUAUUUUAUUUGUUAUUAAUUAGAAACAUUUUCUUUCAUUUUUCUUUCACUUUGAAAAUGUAGAGUAGAUUGGUAGGGCAAAAAUCAAUUUGAGUCCAUUAUAAGAUAACAUUUGAAGGAAGCUAAAUCAAAUAUGAAAAGUUUGCAAUGCACACUGUUCUUCUGUUAUUGCUCCCAUGUCUUCCUAUAACAUGUUUUACUUCCAGAAAAGAGAUCUGUAUGAACUCAUUAUGCAUUGGUUUAAAACAACAUUACUUUUUAUUAUGUAUUUCCAUGAGAGCCUGGGCACCAGUCUGUUUUGAGCCUGGGCGCCAGUCUGUUUUUAGUUUGGGCACCAGUCUGUUUUGUGCUUGGGUGCCAGUCUGUUUUGUGCUUGGGCGCCAGUCUGUUUUGAGCCUGGGCGCCAGUCUGUUUUGAGCCUGGGCGCCAGUCUGUUUUGAGCCUGGGCGCCAGUCUGUUUUGAGCCUGGGCGCCAGUCUGUUUUGUGCUGGGCGCCAGUCUGUUUUGUGCUUGGGCGCCAGUCUGUUUUGAGCCUGGGCGCCAGUCUGUUUUGAGCCUGGGCGCCAGUCUGUUUUGAGCCUGGGCGCCAGUCUGUUUUGAGCCUGGGCGCCAGUCUGUUUUGAGCCUUGGGCGCCAGUCUGUUUUGAGCCUGGGCACCAGUCUGUUUUGAGCCUGGGCGCCAGUCUGUUUUGAGCCUGGGCGCCAGUCUGUUUUGAGCCUGGGUGCCAGUCUGUUUUGAGCCUGGGCGCCAGUCUGUUUUGAGCCUGGGCGCCAGUCUGUUUUGAGCCUGGGCGCCAGUCUGUUUUGAGCCUGGGCGCCAGUCUGUUUUUGAGCCUGGGCGCCAGUCUGUUUUGAGCCUGGGCGCCCAGUCUGUUUUGAUGCCUGGGCGCCAGUCUGUUUUGUGCUGGGCGCCAGUCUGUUUUGAGCCUGGGCGCCAGUCUGUUUUUGAGCCUGGGCCCAGUCUGUUUGAGCCUGGGCGCCAGUCUGUUUUGAGCCUGGGCGCCAGUCUGUUUUGAGCCUGGGCGCCAGUCUGUUUUGAGCCUGGGCGCCAGUCUGUUUUGAGCCUGGGCGCCAGUCUGUUUUGAGCCUGGGCGCCAGUCUGUUUUGAGCCUGGGCGCCAGUCUGUUUUUGACUGGGUCGCCAGUCUGUUUUGGCUGGGCGCCCAGUCUGUUUUGAGCCUGGGCGCCAGUCUGUUUUGAGCCUGGGCGCCAGUCUGUUUUGAGCCUGGGCGCCAGUCUGUUUUGUGCUUGGGCGCCAGUCUGUUUUGAGCCUGGGCGCCAGUCUGUUUUGAGCCUGGGCACCAGUCUGUUUUGAGCCGGGGCGCCAGUCUGUUUUGAGCCUGGGCGCCAGUCUGUUUUGAGCCUGGGCACCAGUCUGUUUUGUGCUUGGGCGCCAGUCUGUUUUGAGCCUGGGCGCCAGUCUGUUUUGUGCUUGGGCGCCAGUCUGUUUUGAGCCUGGAAUGGUUACUACGAUUACAUCAUGUUACAAUUUAUCAAAGUAACACAAAGGCAGUCAUGUUGACCCAUUCCUAAUCUCGGAAACCCAGAACUAAAAUCUUGCUUAAUUGCGUCAGAUGCUCGAUUAGGAUACCAUUUAUUAUACGUAGUCGGUCCACGAGAGAUUAACCCAUUCGUAAUUCCUAAUCUUGACACAAUAAUACAACGUAUCUCAUCCUGUAUAGACGUAGGGGUGGAAUUGAGGGAGAAGGAGUAGGAACUGCGUUUCCAAAGUAAAACAAAUUAGACAUUUUACAUUUUGGUAUUUUAGUAGACGCUCUCUGUCAGUGCAUUCAACUAAGGUAGGUUUUGACAGUGGUAUAAUUUUGUCACAUAGUCAUUGUUUUUGAGUGAUUUAUUUAUUUUUCUUCUUCUUUUAAUUCCACCACCGUAACAGACGGACUCUGUGGCGUUCAACGUGUGGGACAUCGGCGGUCCGGCCAACAUGUCCACGGUCAACCAGUGUUUCUUCACGGACAAGGCCCUGUACGUAGUCAUCUGGAACCUAGCUCUGGGACAGGAGGCUGUAGCCAAUCUGCAGUCCUGGCUGCUUAACAUUGAGGUGAGACAGAAACCAUGUUAGUCGGACUAGUGCCAUUUAGUUUCUUCUUUUUAUUAAAGAAAUACAUUUGAAAAAAAUGAAUGAGAUAGUUGGAAAUAGAGGGAGAGCCAGGCUAGUGGGUGAACAGUAGGAUUGAACCCCGGUCUCCGGUGGGGAGCAGUAUAUUCGACUGACUGGGAACAUAACCGCUAGCCCAAAGGCUCUGCAUGACUGCCAUGUAUUUUCAAUUAGUAUUUUUUAAAUAUCCUUAAAUGAUUUGACCUGAAUUGACUCCCCUAUCUUUUCAUGACUACAACAUCUGUCUGUCAAUAUUCUAUACAAAUAAUGCAUUUUAUUUUAUAAAUUGAAUUUUUUGCAUCCAAGGUGUUAUACAACAAUGGUAAAAAUUAUCUGAGAGAAUAAAAGAGCCUCACUCUAAUUAUUUCAAGUGACUCUGACAGGUGUCAGUGUUUUUAACUACAAAGGUCAUGUCUAUUUCCACUGUGGGAAGGAACGGUCAGGUCACAGGACGUGGAUGAGUUGUCCUGUUUGACCACAAUGACCUUUGGGAGUCAAAAUGUCAAACCUGUUGUAGUAAAACAUCAAGAAAACUGACCACUGUCCUCAUUCUCCACCUUUAUGCCCUAAGUUUGCACUUCCCUUCAUGAAUUUAAAAAGAAAGGGCUGGUGUAGGAAAUAUAGUGGAAACUCGCUUACACAAUCCAAUGAAUCCACAGAAGAAUUGAUUUAGAUAAACGAUCACAUGUUAAAAUACUUUAAUACUGAUAAAAACCUUUCUAGUCAGUCACUGUGCUGUAUUUAUUCGGAUGAAUAUAGCGCCACCUACUGGCUGAGAAGGAGAUCAGGGUGAAGUACUUCGGUACAGAAUUGGGAUGCAGGGUCAGAGCAGGUCUUUGUGGUCAUACCCUACAGUGCCUUCAGAAAGUAUUCAAACCCGUGGAUUUAUUCCACAUUUUGUUGUGUUACAGCCUGAAUUCCAAAUGGGUUAAAAAAUGUUUUUAAAUCACCCAUCUACACACAAUACCCCAUAAUGACAACGUGAAAACAUGUUUUUCAAUUUUGUUUUUGCAAAUUCAUUGAAAAUGAAAUACAGAAAUAUCUAAUUUACAUAAGUAUUCACACCCCUUUGCUAUGACACUCCAAAUUAAGCUCAGAUGCAUCCAAUUUCCUUUGAUCAUCGUUAAGAUGUCACUACAACUUGAUUUGUAUUCAGGCUGUACCACAACAAAAUGUGGAAUAAGUCUGUAUGAAUACUUUCUGAAGGAACUGUAUAGGACUUCUGAACUUGACCUUUGACCUGCAGGCGCGUGCCCCUAACUCUGCGGUGGUGGUGGUGGGUACCCACCUGGACCUGAUCGACACCAAGUUCCGUACAGAGCGGGUGGCCACACUGAGGGCCUACAUCCUGGCACUCAGCAGGUCUCCAUCAGGCGCCAGGGCCAGUGGCUACCCAGACAUCACCUGGAAACACCUGCAGUGAGUCAUACACAGAGACCGUAGGGGACACACACACACAGUCACACACACACACACACAGUCACGUUACCACACACACACACACACACACAGUCACGUUACCACACACAGUCAGGCGCACACACACAGUUUUGAUUUCCUCAACCCUUGGCAUGAAAGUGUGUUAAUAUGACUCUGUAUGUGGUGUGUGUGUGUGUGUGUGUGUGUGUUCAGUGAGGUAUCGUGUAAGACCCAGGAGGGUCUGGAUGGUCUGAGGAGGUUGAUCUUCCAGGUGGCCUGCUACAUGAAGGACAACAGCAGUAGUUCAGCUAGCGGACACAAGCUGGUGGGCAGACUGGUAAGUGUGUGUGUGUUUCUGUGUGUGCAUGCAUGCUUGCUUGUGUAUAAAGCUCUUGUGUGGGUAACCCCAGACUCAGAAUUCAAAUGCGUUAUGAACCCUCUAUAACCCUUCAUAGAUCCCAAAGAGCUACCUGACGCUGCAACAAGCGGUGCUAGGUGAGCGGGGGCGGCGGGACGCAGAAGACGAGGUCCAGUACCUGACAGACGCACAGCUGGACCUCGUCAUAGAGCAGAACCCAGGAAGUGACAUCAGAGACUACGAGGACCUGCAGACCGGUACCAAACCCCUCUCCUUUUUAGCCAUUAUUUAUUUAUCGACCUUAUUUCAUUAAAGGCCCAUUGCAGGCAAAAACGUGAUUUUCCUGUGUGUUAUAUAUAUUUCCACACUAUGAGGUUGGAAUAAUACAGUGAAAUUGUGAAAAAUAUGAAAAUGCACUUUUAGUAUAAGAGCUGAAAUUUCAGACUGUUUUGGUAGGAUGGAGUUUGGGCCUUCCUUGGAGACGUCACCAUGCAGUUAAUAGACCAAUAAGAAAGAGUUCCAAACCUCUCUGCCAAUAACAGCACAUUUUCAGUUUUCCCCUCCCCACUCAGACCACUCCCAGGCAGUCCUAGCAAAAUUCUUGCUUGAGAAAUUGCCCUUUGCUAAGAAGCUGUUUUUCUUUCUUUUUGACCAUUUUAAUUUAAAACAAUCACAGUAAGGUAUUAAAGGGAAAACUCCACCCAAAAACUAUCUUCUGGUAUUUGUUUCUUUAGUCCAUUGUUGAUAUUGUCCCAAAAUGUUUUGCAUGUCAACAAUCAAGUUUUCAAGAUAUCUAACUUUAAAAAUACAUAUACAGCCGGUAUGAUGCUGUAUAUCUGUAUUUUGAAAGUUAUAUAUCUUGAAAACUUGAUUGCUGACAUGCAAAACAUUUCAACAAUGGACUAAUGAAACAAAUACCAAAAGAUAGUUUUUGGUUGGAAUUUUCCUUGAAUUGUUACCCAGAAAUUAUUUGAGAUAAAAAAAACUGCUGCGUUGGUACUUUUUUAAAAGCAUUUUAAUAUUGCAUGAAUCGAUUCAAUGGUUUUAUACACAAUUACACAUACUCUCUUCAAGUUGGCUUUCUCAUCCUUUUACAUAUUGUGUAGACCAGGGGCCACUAACCUUGGUCCUCCUGGAGAAGUACAACAACUAACCCUCCUGGUUGAACUAACAUUUACAUUUUAGUCAUUUAGUAGACACUCUUAUCCAGUGCAUACAUUUCAUACUUUUUCCCCCAUGUACUGGUCCCCCGUGGGAAUCGAACCCACUACCCUGGCGUUGCAAGCGCCAUGCUCUACCAACUGAGCCACACAGGACCAUAGUAUAUCAUAUACUGCAUUGUCCAGACUAUUAUAUUCAAUUUUUCCGUAUGAACAUAUUCCUCUUCAUUAUCCCGACCUCCAUCUUGUUUUAUUUCUGUUUUAUUGUGCUGCUGAUCUGGAUUGCUGCAUUGAUGGGAAAGAGCAGACAAGGGUAUUUCACUGUACUUGUGCACGUGACAGUAAAAACUUGAAACUUGAUCUCUUCCCACCCUCUCUCCCUCCCUCAUCCCUCUCUCCAGCCAUAAGCUUCCUGAUCGAGACAGGCACCCUCCUCCACUUCCCAGACACCAGUCACGGCCUGUGUACCCUCUACUUCCUCUGUCCCGUGUGGCUGUCGGAGUGUCUGGAGCGGAUCAUCCACCUGAAGAGCUCCCGAUCGGUGGCCUGGAACGGGGUGAUCCGAGCGGAGGACCUCCGCAUGCUCCUGGUGGGAACGGGCUUCACCCAGCAGACGGAGGAGCAGUACUUCCAGUUUCUGGCCAAGUUUGAGAUUGCUCUGCCUGUGGCCAGCGAUAGGUAUGGACGGGCGGUUCUCCAAGCUGGGCCCUGGGCCAUGUUCAGCAGAGCACAACAUUGUGGACCAUUCAGAUAGAAAUGUCUUAUUUAGAACAAGCCUGCCUCUCUGAUUUGUAGAAUAAGGAAUCUAGUCAGGUCUAUUCGUGACAUUUCUAUCUGCAACAUUCCACUAAGUUUGCCUACUGAACAUGGCCCAGCUACAUGGAGACUGAUUCUCAGAUAUGAUGUGCACUAUCGUGCUGACCUGAACUGUUCAGGCUCAUGUUCUUUUCACAAUGCACUUUGUGGCACGGCUUAGCUCUCUGAAAGCAAACAGAACUGACCCUCUCAUAUAUCUGCCCCACCUCGUUCCCCUUAUGGACAUCCAUAACUUCUAACCCUACCUCUGUCCUGCUCCUCCUAUACCGUUACCUGAUCCCCCACCACCUGUCUCUUAAAGCAGCUAUGGACAUUCAUGGUUUCCUUAUUCCUCUUCCCUACAUUUAACUCUACCUUUUCUCCCCUAUAGUUACCUCCUCCCCCACCUCCUUCCUCCUAAACCUGCUAUGGACAUCCACGGCUUCCGCCAAGAGACCGCCAACACCAUCCAGCGGCUCUUCAAGAUGAGCUUCGUGCCGGCGGGAUUCUGGGAACGUUUCAUCGCCCGCAUGCUCAUCAGCCUCACAGAGAUGGACCUCCAGGUAACAGGGUUUCCCACCCACACCUGCAUUGGCAGUUUAACAGGGUUUACUGGUGACACCCGCAGGGGCAUUGAAAAGGCUGUAUAGAAGUCUGUAAAACUCGUACGUGUCAGAUGCCAUUUAUGUAAAGAAAUGGAGCAUAUUCACUGAGUAUACAGCAUAUGUAAUUAUGCUCUUCAAUAAAACACAUUUGAAACCUACACUAUAUUCAAUACGUUUUGUAAGAUUAUGGUGGGGGUUGGGUUGGGGCAAAAGACAGAAUGCAAGACAAUUGUAUCUGUUGUGCUCACAGGCUUGUACCUAUUCUUAAAACUCUUCCUUUCUGUGUUGUCCUAGUCCUGUGAGCCUAAGAGGAAUGCUAAGUGUUCUCUCUGUGUUGUCCUAGUCCUGUGAGCCUAAGAGGAAUGCUAAGAGUUCUCUCUGUGUUGUCCUAGUCCUUUGAGCCUAAGAAGAAUGCUAAGAGCGAACGGAGGAGGACCACGGUGAUCUACAAUUUUGCGGGGACAGGCAGCCAACAGAGGAACCGCUGUAGCACCUUCAGAGUCCGCCGCAGUAAGACCAUCUACUGGAGAGAGGGACUACUGGUCACCUUCGACGGAGGGUAUCUAAGGUGAGGGAUUAAGGGUCGGGUACAUUGGGGUAACUUACUUGAAAUGCAUGCGUGUAACUCGAAUGUUCGAGCAAAUCUCCCAUUGACUCCCAUGCAUAAUGUUUGAGUUAGGAUUUGGCUAACCUCGUCACCAGGCUAUUGCGCACAGCACAUAUAAGCCUGGGAUUUCAACCAUUCAAAGUUGGCCUUAGUGGGAGUGACCAUAGAAUUAUAUGGCAGGAACCUACUGAGUAAAGUAUUUGUCAUCAUAUCAUUUUAACAAAUCACACAACUGCGAGCCGUGGGGAGGGUUAGGAGGAAGGUGUUGUGGGAGAUGAUUGGUUUGUAAAUUAAGCCGAUUAAGCCAAUACCUAUGUGGCGGGAGUUUCUCCCGGUCUUUCUGUAUUGGCUAAUGAAAGCCAAGUUUGACGCGUUGGUCCAACACUCUUCGCGCAUUUGGGCGGAAGUGUCUGGGAGCGAGAUUAGGAUAUGGCCCAAUGUUAGGUAAAUAAAUACUGUAUGCCUUACUGUGUAGCACCUUUUCACAAACACAUGCUCUACAACAAGGUGUUGAUUUCGCUGACAUCAUCCGUCAGGAAGAGUGCCAAACCCCGGCUAAACGCUAAAUGAGCAGACCUAAUUAAUCAAACCCAGAGCCGGCUCAGCAUUGCAUACAGGGCUAAUUAGCCAGGCACUUAAUGAUAGGUCUUAAAAAUGCACAUGUACUGUUAUUAUGUGCUUCAUUGUGUAAUUAUUAGAGAACAAGUUUAAAAGUGCUACAUAAAACGACUUACACAUUUGCCGGUAUAUUUCCUAAAACACAGUGUGUGCAUCUUUCUCUUAACUUACAGCAUAUUGAGAUACUUUCUCUAAUGAAACAUGCUGAUAAUAGAUUAUUACCAUUACACCUAAUGUGUACCUAAUGAAAUCUCUUCAAAAGUGCACAUGUACAUCUGAGUGUUGUCAGUGGGCUCUAAGGCUCUUAGUUAGCACAUACAGUACCUUCAGCAGAGGGACGCUUUCAAAGUACCUUUAGAGAACAAAGAACCUUUAGAGAACAAAGAACCUUUAGAGAACAAAGAACCUUUAGAGAACAAAGAACCUUUAGAGAACAAAGAACCUUUAGAGAACAAAGAACCUUUAGAGAACAAAGAACCUUUAGAGAACAAAGAACCUUUAGAAAACACAUCUGGGAACAUAGAGUGUGGGGACUCAACUCCUUUCCUCUGUUGCAUUUUUUUGUGCUAAAAUGUUUAUUAUUUUGUUAUCAAUGUAAUUGUUUAAGUUGUUGCGUUUUGAGGUCACUAAGGACCUGUUUCCUGGGCACAGAUUAAAGGGGAAGUUCAGUAUUUUACCAUUUAAUGUCAGAAGUAUCUUCACCCUGAAAGUAGUUUAGAAGCCAGGAUGUAAUCAAUGGUCCAGUUUAAACCGCCACCACAAACUUCAGCUAACUUUAGCCAGCGUUAGCUGGCCCAUAAUACUUUCAGAGUAGUCAUCAAGUAGUACAAUCCUGAACUUCCCCUUUAAGCCAACUCCUAGUCAUCGACUAAAAAGCAUAAUGGAGAUUCUCCAAGUGAUUUCUAGUCCAGGAAUAGGCUUCUCUGGGUCUGAGAAACCAGCCAUACAGUAAGUCUGUUACAGUUGCACAGGAUUUUAUUUGAAGAUCAACUUGAGGUCAUCUGCAAACCUCAAGCCCUCUGUGAAAUGUAAUAGCAGACUGUGGGCAACAUUUUCUUAGUGCAAAAGCAUUGUGUAAAGUGCAAAAAUGACCAUAAACCUAAUUAUAAUCUGGCAGCGUGAUUUAAUUUGAAUCUUUUCUUCACGAAAGUGCAUUAUAAAGAUGUGACUUUAUGUAUUGCUCAGUUUACUAAACUAGUUAAAUAAUUGUCUCCUUUUAUAAUGCAUAUUGUUGAAGAAGAAAUGUCAAAUGAAAUCACACUGCAACAUUAUAAUGAUGUUUACAGUAUUUGUUGUACUUUGCACAAUGCUUUAGCUCUAUGAAAAGUGCUGCCUGUGUUCAUCUGAAAGCACAGGUUGGGUGACAAUGGUUGAGACGGAGCUGACCAUUAACUUUCACCUCUCAGUUCAGAUAGCAGAAAGGAGAUGAGAGGUACACACUUUAGACUAUUGACAUGCACACUCUCCAACUUCCUCUCUCUCUCUCUCUCUCUCUCCCUCUCUCCUUCCCUCUCCCGUCUCCCUCCCUCCCUUGGCAGUGUGGAAUCGACUGAUGUCAACUGGAAGAGGAAGAAAAGCGGAGGCAUCAAGAUCAUUUGUCAAUCAGAGACCAGGGAUUUUUCAGCCAUGGCCUUCGUUACGGAUCACGUCAACUCCCUCAUCGAACAGUGGUUCCCUGGUGAGGCUUCUCUCUCUCAAUUCAAUGAAAUUCAAAUGGCUUUAUUGGCACGGGAAACAUAUGUUUACAUUGCCAAAGCAAGUGAAAUAGAUAAUAAACAAAAUUGAAAUAAUCAGAAAUGAACAGUGAACAUUAUACUCAAAGUUUCAAAGGAAUGGAGACAUUACUCUCUCUAUCUCUCAGCAUGACAGCCACAGUCUGUCAUAUUUCCUGCUGAUGACUCAUAAGUGUUGAUGACUCAUAAGUCAUUAUUCCACAUCAAACUCCUGAUGCUGCUUUUAGAUCACCUGUCACAAUACAGCACUUAGCCGACUGCUCAGCAUGGUGGGUGUGUUGUGAUCUGCGUAUGUGCAUGCGUUCAUAUUUGUGUUUUGGUUUCCCGCUCAGCUGGGGCCACUCAUAUGAAAACGUAUGCACACAUGACUGUAAAUCGCUUUGGAUAAAGGUAUUGGAUGACUAAGUGAUUAACGUUGAUUGGGGAUUUAUUUACACUGACAUGCAUGAGUCAUUCAGAAUGUCUAUAUUUACAUGGGCCCAAGGCCCAGUCCUAACUGGUGAUACAUACCUGUCAGCAGUGGCGGCUCCUGAAAAAAUUCUCAGGGGGGGCAAUUUUUCUGAUGAUUUAGGUGACCUACACACAUUUAAAAAAAGAUAUGUCCAGCAACAACAUGAAGACAGGGGCAGCAUAUAAGUCAAUACUGAUAUACACAUUACUUGCUUCAAAAAGGCCUCAUGGUUGAAUUGGAAAUAUGUGCACCUGAGCAUAAUUCACAACAAGCAAGCAGGAGCUUUUGAUAGAGGCUACUGAAAACAUUGAUGCAAGUUAUUGGUAAUAAGACAUUUUUAUAGACUUCCAUAUUCUGCCCUCUUGUAUAGAUUUGUGAAAAUGAACAGUGAUAGACAUUUUGCCUGAAAACAGAAUUUGAAAAUAAUUUCUAGAAAAGGUAAACACAGCUAUCUGUAUGGCUUUGUAAAAAUGAACAACCAUAUUCUGGCCAAUUGUAUAGAUUUUUAAAUAUGAACAACCAUAUUCUGGCCAAUUGUAUAGAUUUGUAAAAAUGAACAUGAACAGAUUUUUUUUUUUUUUUUUACUUAAAAAAAAAAGAAAAAUAACUAUUUUUAAACAACAUCAACUGUGAACUGAUUUGGGCGUGUGUGUGUUAAAGAGACAGACAGGGAGGGACAAAGAGAGAGAGAGGCUACAUUACUUGUACUGAAACUGUUCUAGCUUGCUGCAUGAUCAAAUUCAGCUGAUGCGCAUAGCAAUGCACGUAAUGGGCAUUCUUGAAAUGCUCACGCACCUUUUGCUGCACACCAGCCUUCUCUCCCCUCAUCACACUGGCUCCAUCGUAAGCUUGCGCAAUGAGUUUGACUUUCUCGUCGUCGGCAAAAAGACUGUUCAGUCUCUCCAAAAGCACACUGGCGAUUGAGACUGAGGUUGAUUCCGAGAUGGGAAGGAACUCAAAAAAGCGCUCCUGCACUUUGUGGUUGCUAUCUAUGUACCUCAGCACAAGCACCAGCUGUGUCUGUGUAGAAACGUCCGUGGUCUCGUCAGCUUGGAUAGCUACGAAGUUCGCCGACUUCACCUCCUCCACAAUAUGUUCCCUCAUGACCGCUAGCAUACACUCCAGUAGCUCGUUUUGAAUGGUCUUUGAUGUGCCCUUGAAAACUUUAGCAUUUUUAAGAUGGUCAUCAAACACCUCAUCUAAUUGUGCCACAAAGUUGACAAGUCCAAGAAAAAUACCAGGGUUGGUGGAGCCCUCAGUUUCAUCUUUGCCUCGCAAAGCUAGCCAUCUUGACAGUUUUCAGAUAAACCAUGCAGUAAUGUCAAUGGGAUUCAUGCCCAGAAAGUUAUGUCUCAAGUUAAUUGGGAUUCAGUCUGUUGGUGUGUCCCUGUCUCUGUGUGCACUCCUCCAUAUCCCCUUUCUUUUGAUAAGAUAAUCAAUUAUUUUCCCUAAAGGGGAAGUUUGAUUGCACCAAUAGAUACACCACCAGUAAAUACACAGUACAUACACAAAAAACAGCACCUCUUCAAUGACUUCAGCUUCAUGUCCUAGGCUGGAAUCCGUGGCAGUCAAGAUCGUUGGUCACCAUUGACUGGUGUUCACACUUCAUAAUUACUUCAUAAUUAUCAGCUAGCUAUACAGUGGGGGAAAAAAGUAUUUAGUCAGCCACCAAUUGUGCAAGUUCUCCCACUUAAAAAGAUGAGAGAGGCCUGUAAUUUUCAUCAUAGGUACACGUCAACUAUGACAGACAAAUUGAGAGAAAAAAAUCCAGAAAAUCACAUUGUAGGAUUUUUAAUGAAGUUAUUUGCAAAUUAUGGUGGAAAAUAAGUAUUUGGUCACCUACAAACAAGCAAGAUUUCUGGCUCUCACAGACCUGUAACUUCUGCUUUAAGAGGCUCCUCUGUCCUCCACUCGUUACCUGUAUUAAUGGCACCUGUUUGAACUUGUUAUCAGUAUAAAAGACACCUGUCCACAACCUCAAACAGUCACACUCCAAACUCCACUAUGGCCAAGACCAAAGAGCUGUCAAAGGACACCAGAAACAAAAUUGUAGAACUGCACCAGGCUGGGAAGACUGAAUCUGCAAUAGGUAAGCAGCUUGGUUUGAAGAAAUCAACUGUGGGAGCAAUUAUUAGGAAAUGGAAGACAUACAAGACCACUGAUAAUCUCCCUCGAUCUGGGGAUCCACGCAAGAUCUCACCCUGUGGGGUCAAAAUGAUCACAAGUACGGUGAGCAAAAAUCCCAGAACCACACGGGGGGACUUAGUGAAUGACCUGCAGAGAGCUGGGACCAAAGUAACAAAGCAUACCAUCAGUAACACACUACGCCGCCAGGGACUCAAAUCCUGCAGUGCCAGACGUGUCCCCCUGCUUAAGCCAGUACAUGUCCAGGCCCGUCUGAAGUUUGCUAGAGUGCAUUUGGAUGAUCCAGAAGAGGAUUGGGAGAAUGUCAUAUGGUCAGAUGAAACCAAAAUAGAACUUUUUGGUAAAAACUCAACUCGUCGUGUUUGGAGGACAAAGAAUGCUGAGUUGCAUCCAAAGAACACCAUACCUACUGUGAAGCAUGGGGGUGGAAACAUCAUGCUUUGGGGCUGUUUUUCUGCAAAGGGACCAGGACGACUGAUCCGUGUAAAGGAAAGAAUGAAUGGGGCCAUGUAUCGUGAGAUUUUGAGUGAAAACCUCCUUCCAUCAGCAAGGGCAUUGAAGAUGAAACGUGGCUGGGUCUUUCAGCAUGACAAUGAUCCCAAACACACCGCCCGGGCAACGAAGGAGUGGCUUCGUAAGAAGCAUUUCAAGGUCCUGGAGUGGCCUAGCCAGUCUCCAGAUCUCAACCCCAUAGAAAAUCUUUGGAGGGAGUUGAAAGUCUGUGUUGUCCAGCGACAGCCCCAAAACAUCACUGCUCUAGAGGAGAUCUGCAUGGAGGAAUGGGCCAAAAUACCAGCAACAGUGUGUGAAAACCUUGUGAAGACUUACAGAAAACAUUUGACCUGUGUCAUUGCCAACAAAGGGUAUAUAACAAAGUAUUGAGAAACUUUUGUUAUUGACCAAAUACUUAUUUUCCACCAUAAUUUGCAAAUAAAUUCAUUAAAAAUCCUACAAUGUGAUUUUCUGGAUUUUUUUCUUCUCAUUUUGUCUGUCAUAGUUGACGUGUACCUAUGAUGAAAAUUACAGGCCUCUCAUAUUUUUAAGUGGGAGAACUUGCACAAUUGGUGGCUGACUAAAUACUUUUUUUCCCCACUGUAUGUGAAUCGUAAUAAUCUAGCUAACCAGAUGGAUUUACAGGCAAAAAUAACCUACAACUAAUGUUAUGCAAGGUAUAUGUAAAUUCUUCGUGGGUAGCUAGCUGCCAAUUCUUCAUGGCUAUCUACAUAGCUAGCUAACAGUAGUAGCUAGCCAGUCAACGUUAGCCCUAUUGCCUUACAAUGGGCUUGCGAUCUAUCCACACUACAGUGGGUAGUGUAGGCAGGUAAACAUGCCAAAAUUAACACAGUAUAUAUUUAUUAAUGUAUCAAGAUAAAAUAUUGAAGUCAGGCAACAUAUGAGAUGUGAAUGGGCAACAUUUCAUUCUGAAGUCGGAGUUUAUUUUCUCUCGCUUCAGCUCAAAUGAUGUCCGCCAUUGAUUUCAAGAAAUUGUGCGUCGAUUAUUUUACGUGCUUGCGUCAUAUUCCUGUGCAUACUUUCCAUUGAAUCUUGCAUCGAUGCAUGCUUAAAAAUAUGUACAAACAGAGUACGCAUUCGAGAAGUGCCCUCCGUGCUCCGUUCCACAUACUUUAAUUUGGACUCAUACUCUGACCCUCCCGUGCUCCAGCUUGCGUGCUCGGAGCACGGUAGUAUGCAUUUUGAGAAAACAUUUUCUGUUAAAAAGCCUCAUAGCAGAAGGUAAAAAGGAUCCAUGGAAACGUUCCGUUUUAAGGCAGAGAUGAUUAGAGAUAACAUGACACAGGGAGACUGAUGAGAAUCGGUUAAAACAGCAAGGAAAGUAGUGGAGUCGGGGCUUUGACGUUUGGCCUCUAGGGAUGUUUGUAGUCCGGAGUGGGCUGCACUACCCCUAGACCAGACUCCACCAGACCAUGUGUCUGACUUUCUGUCUCUCUCUGUGUCAUCUCCCCUCCUUUAGCACUGACGGCCAGUGAGAGUGAUGGGACCCGGUUGAUUGAGCAGUACUCCCCCUGUCCCCAGUGUUCCUCCAUGAGCAGACAGAACCAGGGGCCUGGGAGUCUGGGAGAACCCCCAACCAGGGGGACUGCAGCUGGAAGAAGAGGAGGAGAAGGUAGGGUGGGCCAACUUCUAAUGGAAUGUCUAGGGGCUAUUGCAAAUGUUUAAGUAAAACCCAAUCAAUGCAGACAUUAAGCACUAAAACAAUCAUUUGCCCUUUUACCUUAGUGAAAGCAUACCCUUAUAAUGUAUUAUUACUUGUUAUAAGCGUGCAUGAGCCCCUAUAAUGUUUUAUAAAUCAACCUAUAAUAUCUUUUUUUUGUACUGGGACUGCUGUUAAACAGCGUUUGCGCUCUGAAGUCCGCUUUAUCUUUUGGUUCGAUCAUGGUAACCAUGGUAACAUUGCCGACCAUCCCACCGCUAGGCAGAGAAAAGGUUGGUGGAAGAGGAGAGCACUUCUUCAACAUGGAGGACUGUGUGAUCGCUGCCAUGGACCAGGACUACAUAGUGUGUCCCCAGCACCCCGACCAGCCUGUCCCCCUUCAGGAGCUGGUCCCAGAGCUUUUCAUGACCGACUUCCCCUCACGGUAACCUUUCACCCUGACCCUUGACCUCUAACCCCUGACCUGUUGACCUAUUAGCGCUGCACAGCUGUCUUCUUCACAUAGGAUGAGGCUGAGGAAGGUGCUGCACAGAUGGGCUAAUCUUCUUCACAUAGGGGUGAAUCAUAUCUUCCACUUAAGUCACAUUUUCACUUAGUCAUGCAUUGACGUCAAUGGGAGACUAGUUAAAAUUUAUUCUCAAGUGGAUGCCAGACAAUUUGUAGAUCAGUCAUUCUUUGCUAAGCUUUACUAGGGCCGAUUCUCUCGAACAUGCUGUCAAACUUGCUCCCACACACACACCCUCUGAACCUCAAACCUCUUAUCCCUAAACUUUGACCCCUCAUCUGUCACUUUUGACCCUUCACCUGUCACCGACACUCAGGCUGAGCUGGAGCUUUUGGUUAUAACCGGGAUAGAUGGCUCUAUUUAGUCAUUAAGGACAACCAGAGAUUGCCCUUGCACUGGGAGAAAACAUUGUUUUGUUGAUUGUUCCUUUGUUUCACUCACUUAACACUCCCAUUACUGACUAAAUGAAACCAGGCCAUUCUCACAGCACAAAAACACAGGAUGCAUCCCAAAUGGCAUCCUAUUCCCUAUAUGGUGCACUACUUUUGACCAGGACCCAUAGUGCACUAUGUAGAAAAUAGGGUGUCAUUUAGGACAGUCUUUCUUUUAGUCCUAUCCCAUUAGGUGUUGCGUAGUUGAACUCUGUCUCUGUCUGUCCCUGUCCGUCUGUCCAUCUGUUUGCCUGUCUUCCCCCUCCCCUGUCUGUCCGUCUGUCAGGCAGGAGGUCUAUGACUCCCACAGUCAGUGUGUGUGGAUGUUAUUGAGACCUCUGCUGAGACUAAUGUAAACUUGGCUGAUGUGUACUGUAUUAUUGUGUAAUACAGGGCCUUGUGGUUUCCUCCUGUAGUAUUGUGUAAUACAGGGCCUUGUGGUUUCCUCCUGUAUUAUUGUGUAAUACAGGGCCUUGUGGUUUCCUCCUGUAGUAUUGUGUAAUACAGGGCCUUGUGGUAUCCUCCUGUAGUAUUGUGUAAUACAGGGCCUUGUGGUUUCCUCCUGUAGUAUUGUGUAAUACAGGGCCUUGUGGUUUCCUCCUGUAGUAUUGUGUAAUACAGGGCCUUGUGGUUUCCUCCUGUAGUAUUGUGUAAUACAGGGCCUUGUGGUGUCCUCCUGUAGUAUUGUGCAGUACAGGGCCUUGUGGUGUCCUCCUGUAGUAUUGUGUAAUACAGGGCCUUGUGGUUUCCUCCUGUAGUAUUGUGUAAUACAGGGCCUUGUGGUUUCCUGCUGUGUUGAUAGGAGUCUCCUUAGGCUCCUCACUGACAGGACUUUGACAUGUACAGUACAGUACGCAGGCAUAGCUACUCUGUACACACACACACACACACACACACACACACACACACACACACACACACACACACACACACACACACACACAGCUCUCCAGGGGUUUGGCUGCGUAAUGAGUUUCAGUUGAUUUCUCACCAGUGACAGCAUCAGUUGAUGUAUUGUUUACCCUUAAAGGUAACCACACACACACACAGUGCUUGAGGGUUGAUUACACAAGCAUAUCUCUGUGAAAUACAACAGGCCGCUGUCGUAUUUACUGUUCAUGGGGCAACAAUCACUCCCAAAUAUUUAUGCUAUCAAAGCAACACAGUUUAGUGCUGCUCUAAGACAAGAGAUAUAUUGACUAAAUAAUCACUUCCUCAAACACUGGUGCCACGAGUUGACAUCAGCUAACGCCACAGCUAUGUACAUACACACACACAGGAACGUGCAAGCGAGCGUGCACAAGAACAUGGACACACAGAACAUACACACACAGGAACGUGCAAGCGAGCGUGCACGAGAACAUGGACACACAGAACAUACACACACAGGAACGCGCUCUAACACUCUGCUGUGUGACUCUGCCGAAAUGCAAUUUAAAGCGUGUGUGAGAUUAAAUUGACCCCGAAUAAUGUUUCCCAAGCCUUACAGCUCCAGGAUGGAUGGUCAACUCUGAGCAGUUUAGAUUGGCAGCUGACCAAGGCUUUAUGUUCUACGCUAAUUUAAGUGGCCGUGCUGGUUUGUUGACUUAGCUCUCUACAUUAAAAGCUCACAUGAAAGACUUGGGCUGGGUCUCAAAUGGCACUCUAUUCCCUAUGUAGUGAGCUACUUUUGACCAGGGCCCUGUCAAAAGUAGUGCGUUUCAUAGGGAACAGAGUGCCAUUUGAGACGUAGCUUUGUGUUCAUAAUAUGAAGAGGAUGCUAAUAAGGAUUUAGGAAUGUUGCUAUGGCGACUAUAGCUUCAGCCCUAUAGCAGAAUGCAAUACAUAGGAUCCUUUGUUGGAUAUGUAUGGUGCAUAUGUUGACGUCCACCAGGUAGAGUUGAGGUUGGGAUCAGGGAGGUAGAUGUAUUAAUGUAUGGUGCAUGUGUUGAUGUCCACCAGGUAGAGUUGAGGUUGGGAUCAGGGAGGUAGAUGUAUUAAUGUAUGGUGCAUGUGUUGAUGUCCACCAGGUAGAGUUGAGGUUGGGAUCAGGGAGGUAGAUGUAUUAAUGUAUGGUGCAUGUGUUGAUGUCCACCAGGUAGAGUUGAGGUUGGGAUCAGGGAGGUAGAUGUAUUAAUGUAUGGUGCAUGUGUUGAUGUCCACCAGGUAGAGCUGAGGUUGGGAUCAGGGAGGUAGAUGUAUUAAUGUAUGGUGCAUGUGUUGACGUCCACCAGGUAGAGUUGAGGUUGAGAUCAGGGAGGUAGAUGUAUUAAUGUAUGGCACAUGUGUUGACGUCCACCAGGUAGAGUUGAGGUUGGGAUCAGGGAGGUAGAUGUAUUAAUGUAUGGUGCAUGUGUUGACGUCCACCAGGUAGAGUUGAGGUUGGGAUCAGGGAGGUAGAUGUAUUAAUGUAUGGUGCAUGUGUUGAUGUCCACCAGGUAGAGCUGAGGUUGGGAUCAGGGAGGUAGAUGUAUUAAUGUAUGGUGCAUGUGUUGACGUCCACCAGGUAGAGUUGAGGUUGAGAUCAGGGAGGUAGAUGUAUUAAUGUAUGGCACAUGUGUUGACGUCCACCAGGUAGAGUUGAGGUUGGGAUCAGGGAGGUAGAUGUAUUAAUGUAUGGUGCAUGUGUUGACGUCCACCAGGUAGAGUUGAGGUUGGGAUCAGGGAGGUAGAUGUAUUAAUGUAUGGUGCAUGUGUUGACGUCCACCAGGUAGAGUUGAGGUUGAGAUCAGGGAGGUAGAUGUAUUAAUGUAUGGCGCAUGUGUUGACGUCCACCAGGUAGAGUUGAGGUUGGGAUCAGGGAGGUAGAUGUAUUAAUGUAUGGUGCAUGUGUUGACGUCCACCAGGUAGAGUUGAGGUUGGGAUCAGGGAGGUAGAUGUAUUAAUGUAUGGUGCAUGUGUUGACGUCCACCAGGUAGAGUUGAGGUUGGGAUCAGGGAGGUAGAUGUAUUAAUGUAUGGCGCAUGUGUUGACGUCCACCAGGUAGAGUUGAGGUUGAGAUCAGGGAGGUAGAUGUAUUAAUGUAUGGUGCAUGUGUUGACGUCCACCAGGUAGAGUUGAGGUUGGGAUCAGGGAGGUAGAUGUAUUAAUGUAUGGUGCAUGUGUUGACGUCCACCAGGUAGAGUUGAGGUUGAGAUCAGGGAGGUAGAUGUAUUAAUGUAUGGUGCAUGUGUUGACGUCCACCAGGUAGGAUUGAGGUUGAGAUCGAGAUCAGGGAGGUAGAUGUAUUAAUGUAUGGUGCAUGUGUUGACGUCCACCAGGUAGAGUUGAGGUUGAGAUCAGGGAGGUAGCUGUAGCAUGCUGAAAGAUGGUGAUUACAUUAGUGAUGGAUAGUGAGGCUUUGUGUGUACUGUAUGGAGUAUACAUAUUAUAAUGUAGUGUAUGGGGUAUACAUAGUAUAAUGUACUAAAUGGGGUAUACAUAGUCUAAUGUACUAAAUGGAGUAUACAUAGUCUAAUGUACGGUAUGGUGUUCAAGUGUGCGUUUGUGUGUUAUAUUGGUUGUUUCUGUAGAAGAACCAGCUGGAGUGUGUUUAUAAUGUUUGUGUGUGUGUGUGUGUGUGUGUGUGUGUGUGUGUGUGUGUGUGUGUGUGUAGGUUGUUUCUAGAGAAGGCCCAGUUGGAGUGUGUUUAUAAUGUUUGUGUGUGUGUGUGUGUGUGUGUGUGUGUGUAGGUUGUUUCUAGAGAAGGCCCAGUUGGAGUGUAGUGAGGAGGAGAGUGAUAUCCUGGGCCAGGGGGGCAGUGGAGCUGUCAUCUACAGAGCCUGUUACCGCGGCCAACCAGUCGCCAUCAAACGCUUUCACUUCAAGAAGUGCAGGCAGCAGACCAUCAGCAGUGAUACAGGUAACACAAACACAAACACACUCUAUCAAAGGAUCAGGUGCACACACAGACACACAAACUCCCUUGGAAUCACACACACGUGCAAACAGUGAAUACAUACACACACACAGGUCUAUUUUACGGGCUCCUAACCAAUUGUGCUAUUGUGUGUGUUUUUUCACGUUAUUUGUUACUUAUUUUGUACAUAAUGUUUCUGCCACCGUCUCUUAUGACCAAAAAGAGCUUCUGGAUAUCAGGACAGCGAUUACUCACCUCGUACUGGACAAAUAUUUUUUUAUUUAACGAGUCGGACGUGAAGGAUUUACUUCAGACACCCGACAAGGCCCAAAUCCCAGUCAUUCGCAGGAGAAAGAGACAGAGAUACCGGGGAUGUAGGUCGGGGUGCCUUGUAAGGAUCCGACGGCGAGUGUUAAUCUGCCUCGACCAUCAGUCCUAUUAGCCAACGUACAAUCAUUGGAUAACAAAAUAGAUGAGCUACGAUCACAAAUAUCCUACCAACGGGACAUACAAAACUGUAAUAUCUUAUGUUUCACCGAGUCGUGGCUGAACGACAACAUAGAUAACACACAGCUGGCGGGGUUUAUGCUGCAUUGGCAAGAUAGAACAGCUGCCUCCGGUAAGACAAGGGGUGGUGGUCUGUGUAUAUUUGUAAACAACAGCUGGUGCAUGAAAGCUAAUAUUAAGGAAGUCUCGAGGUUUUGCUCGCCUGAGGUAGAGUAUCUCAUGAUAAGCUGUAGACCACACUAUUUACCAAGAGAGUUUUCAUCUAUAUUUUUCGUAGCUGUCUAUUUACCACCACAAACCGAUGCUGGCACUAAGACCGCACUCAAUGAGCUGUAUAAGGCCAUAAGCAAACAGGAAAACGCUCAUCCAGAGGCGGCGCUCCUAGUGGCCGGGGACUUUAAUGCAGGGAAACUUAAAUCCGUUUGACCUAAUUUCUACCAGCAUGUUAAAUGUGCAACCAGAGUAAAAAAAACUCUAGACCACCUUUAAUCCACGCACAGAGACGUGUACAAAGCUCUCCCUCGCCCUCCAUUUGGCUAAUCUGACCAUAAUUCUAUCCUCCUGAUUCCUGUUUACAGGCAAAAACUAAAGCAGGAAGCACCAGUGACUCGGUCAAUAAAGAAGUGGUCAGAUGAGGCAGAUGCUAACCAAUAGUACUGUUUUGCUAGCACAGACUGGAAUAUGUUCCGGGAUUUUUCCGAUGGCGUUGAGGAGUACAACACAUCAGUCACUGGCUUCAUCAAUAAGUGCAUCGAUGACAUUGUCCCCACAGUGACCAUACGUACAUACCCCAACCAGGUAUGGUUGUGGUCCUCUGUAGCUCAGCUGGUAGAGCAUGGCGCUUGUAACACCAAGGUAGUGGGUUCGAUCCCCGGGACCACCCAUACACAAACACAUUUUUAUGCACGCAUGACUGUAAGUCACUUUGGAUAAAAGCGUCUGCUAAAUGGCAUUAUUAUUAUUAUUAUUAUUAUUAUUAUUAUUAUUAUUAGAAGCCAUGGAUUACAGACAACAUCCGCACUGAGCUAAAGGGUAGAGCUGCCGCUUUCAAGGAGCGGGACUCUAACCCGGACGCUUAUAAGAAAUCCCACUAUGCCCUCUGACGAACCAUCAAACAGGCAAAGCGUCAAUACAGGACUAAGAUUGAAUCGUACUACAUCGGCUCCGACGCUCAGGGGGGCAUUGUCAUGCUGAAACAGGAAAGGGCCUUCCCCAAACUGUUGCCACAAAGUUGGAAACACAGAAUCGUCUAGAAUGUGGAACUAAGGGGCCUAGCCCAAACCAUGAAUUCAUGAACCAUUAUUCCUCCUCCACCAAACUUUACAGUUGGCACUAUGCAUUCGGGCAGGUAGCUUUCUCCUGGCAUCCGCCAAACCUAGAGUCGUCCAUCAGACUGCCAGAUGGUGAAGCGUGAUUCAUCACUCCGGAGAAUGUGUUUCCACUACUCCAUAGUCCAAAGGCCGACGCUUGGCAUUGCGCAUUGUGAUCUUAGACUUGUGUGCGGCUGCUCUGCCAUGAAAACCCAUUUCAUGAAGCUCCCGACGAACAGUUCUUGUGCUGACGUUGCUUCCAGAGGCAGUUUGGAACUCGGUAGUGAGUGUUACAACUGAGGACAGAUGAUUUUUACGCACUACGUGCUUCAGCACUUGGCGGUCCCGUUCUGUGAGCUUGUGUGGCCUGCCACUUCGCGCCUGAGCCAUUGUUGCUCCUAGAUGUUUCCAAUUCACAAUAACGGCACUUACAGUUGAUCGGGCAGCUCUAGCAGGACAGAAAUGUGAUGAACUGACUUGUUCGAAAGGUGGCAUCCUAUGAUGGUGCCACGUUGAAAGUCACUGAGCUCUUCAAUACGGGCCAUUCUACUGCCAAUGUUUGUCUAUAGAGAUUACAUGGCUGUGUGCUCGAUGUUAUACACCUGUCAGCUGUAGUGUGUGUGUGUGUGUGUGUGUGUGUGUGGAGACAUCCUUGAGUUGUCGUCUCUCUCUUGAAGGGCCUUGUUCAUGGAAAGAUAUUGCAGCUCUUAAUCCUGAUCUCUCUUUUCUCAUCCCUCCCCUGCCGCUGUCCUCUCCUCUCUCUCCUCCCCUGCCGCUGUCCUCCCCUCUCUCUCCUCCCCUCUCUCUCCUCCCCUCUCUCUCCCCCUCCUCCUGUCUUAUGCCGAGUAGUGAUAAGGGUUGUCUCCAGCCUCAGAAGGCCACAUCUAUCACCUCACUGCUGCUUCCCUCCCUCUCUCUUUCUUCCCUUCCUCUCUCUAUCUUCCCUUCUUCUCUCUUUCUUUCCUCUCUCUUUUUUCUCUCUCUCUCUUUCUUCCCUCUCUCUCUCUUUCUUCCCUCUCUCUCUCUUUCUUCCCUCCCUCCCUCUCUCUCCCGUCUUCUCUCUAUACCCAGGCUGUGAUAAGGACUGUCUGUGUGCUUCCCUCCCUCCCUCUCUCUCCCGUCUUCUCUCUAUACCCAGGCUGUGAUAAGGACUGUCUGUGUGCUUCCCUCCCUCCCUCUCUCUCCCGUCUUCUCUCUAUACCCAGGCUGUGAUAAGGACUGUCUGUGUGCAUCCCCAAAUCCCUCUCUUCCGUUUCCUCUAUAAGCAGGCUGUUAUCAGAGACUGUGUGUGCCCCUCUCUCUCUAGCGUUUU